AUGCACCUUGUCGAGAUCCAGGCCGGCGGUACACCUUGCCUGAAAACCAACGUCACUGAAGAUACGGAGGAUGUCCCUCCUUAUGCAAUUCUGUCGCACACAUGGGCACUAAACAAUGCGGAGGAAUUCACUUUUCAGGACGCAAAAUCUGGAUCUGUGGACAAGCCUGGAUACGUCAAGAUCAAAUUUUGCCAGAAGCAAGCAAUCAAAGAUGGUCUGCGAUACAUUUGGGUCGAUACUUGCUGCAUCGACAAGACAAAUCAAGUCGAGGUCUCCGAAGCCAUUAUAUCCAUGUUUCGGUGGUAUCAGGAAGCCAAGAAAUGCUAUGUUUACCUCUCCGACGUCUCGUUCAGUGGUAAUGGUACAGAACAAGAUAAAAUCCAAUGUGAGUCAGAUUUUCGAAGAAGUAGAUGGUUUACCAGAGGCUGGACACUUCAGGAGUUGUUGGCACCUCGAACAGUCGACUUCUUCUCUCGGGAAGGACGUUAUCUAGGGAAUAAAACCACUCUCAGCCAGCAAAUCCAUGAGAUUACAGGACUUCCGCUCCGUGCGCUCCACGGUACGCAUCUGGCCACUUUUAGCGUUGAGGAGCGCAUGCGGUGGGCUGCCAGGCGUCAAACCAAGAGAAAAGAGGACCAAGCAUAUUGCCUUCUCGGUAUCUUCAAUGUUUUUCUACCACCCUUAUACGGAGAGGGUGAUAAUGCUUUCAAUCGGCUCAGAAAAGAGAUUAAUGAACAUUUGAGAGUCCGCACUCAAGUCGAGACAUUCUACUCCGAGGCUCUCAAGGCUGGCGGGACGGACAAUGGGGCGCCGGGAGUCAGAUCGAUGUGUCAUCCCAAUUACUACGGUGCUUGCGUCAUCAGUCCUGCGGGACAUAACAUUGAGGCGGUCGCGCACUCGGCAGCUACGUGA